AUGUAUGGAUACAAGGAUGAACAAAAUGAAGUUGGAUGGGUGAUGAAGUUGGAUGUGGAGAAAGCGUAUGAUAAGGUGAACUGGAAUUAUCUACUUAAGGUAAUGGAGAGGAUGGGGUUUGGUUUUACUUGGAGGAAUUGGAUUCGUUCUUGCAUAUCACAUGCACACUUUUCUGUCUUGGUUAAUGGGGUGCCAGGUGUUAAUUUUAGAAGCUCUAGGGGACUUAGGCAAGGGGACCCCUUGUCUCCAUUCUUAUUCACCAUGGUCAUGGAAGGGUUCUGUCGGAUGAUCGCUAGAGCUGAAGAAAAUGGUUGUUUAUAUUUAUUUAAGGUCACUCUGGAUGGACCUGUUGUUUCGCACUUGCUUUUUGCUGACGAAACUUUACUCUUUAGCGCAGAUAAGUCUAAAGUUUACAUACUAUUAGGGCAAUUUUAA